AUGGCUGCCUCGCAAACACUCAUAGAUCUUGCUCAGACGCAGCGUGCUCUGGUCGCUCAGUACCUCGCCACUCUCGCUCCAAACGCUUCUAUCGACUCGUCAACUCAACUCCCACCCAACCCUCCAAACCCACUGCAUGUGCUUCGCGACAGUGCCACCUUGCUCAAGGCUCACACGACAAAGCUCGCUCUGCUCCUGAUCAACAAGCCCUUCACUCCUACCGCUGUCAAUUCUGUCCUUCGUGAUGCCACUCAAACCUGUCUUCCCGCCAUGAUGUCCGCCGUCGAACUCUGUCGUCCUGAUAUCUGGGGUGUCUUCCUACACCACCAAGUCGUUGCCAAAGUCCGUACAGUCAUGCGCGAGAUGGUCUCUUUCCUCGAGGAAGUCCUCGAUGUUGCAAGAGAGGAGAACGAGUCCAACCAUUCAAAGAGCACUCUUGCUUCUACUGGUGUGCUGUGGGAAGCCUGUGAUGCUCUGAUCCUGCUGGAAAAGACUGGGAUUGCUGGUUUGGCUGUUCUCAAGGCUCAGGAAUUACGGGAUACCAUCAACGACGCUAUCGAAGAACUCAAAGAGUGGGAAGAAGGUGAUGGAGACGACGAUGAUGAAGAGGACGAUGACGACGAGGACGAUGCAGACUCCACAAGCGAAGAUCAACACGAAAGAGACGAUCAAGACGAAUUCGACGACAUGUUCUCUGCUGCCAACAAACUACCAAAAGACCGUCUGGACCUGAAAGAACGUCUGCAAACUGCUGCCGACAAACUCAAAAAGAUACAAUUCCUCUAUGCUGCCAUCACCAAACGCAGACUCAAGACUUUUACACCAGACGUCGCUUCGAAGAAGGUUAACAUUCUGACUCUGGACAAACUCAUGCACCUGCUCAAGGAACUACCCGAAUCUGUUGAUGAUCUCGCAAACGCCUUCUACGAACUCGAUGCUGAUCAAGUCGAUACAAUCCUCAACACAUGUAUUGACAAUGCAUGUUCAGCAGCCGACCUCCUAAAGACAGACUGGAACGACAAAGACGACGAAUUCACAGCAUGGGUCACAAAGUGGACUUCUGUCGUCAGAUAA